UGCUAGUAUUUUUUGACGGUUAAGGACGCGCGUCAAAAGCAAAAGCCUUAGCGCACAAGAAAACUUACCUCCAUUUCUGUAUCCUUGCAGAACCUAAGCCGUGGAGUAGCCAUGGGUGGCGAUACGGUUCCUCUUUCUACUCCCUCCAUCCCUCACGAUUCCGAUUCUUCUCAAAUUUCCACUCAACUGCCCAUUCUCCUCAGGGGUUAUAAUAAGGAUGAUCAAGAGGAUGUGGAAAAUGGAUGGAUCAUUGGAGAAUUUGAUGAGAUUGAGUCACAGUUCUCUUCUGCUGAUUUGGAUGUGGAAAUCUGUCGAAGGAGGAUGAAUAACGUACGCAGAGAGAUCUUUGAGAGCUAUGAUAAAUUGCGGAUUCGUAGUGAGGACUUGAACCAGGCUAAGAGAAAAAUUUUGAGAUAUUCUCCUGGAGCAUGGAUUGAGCAGGUAGGUGGAAUGAAAUUAUCUGACUACGAUAUCCCACGAACAACGUCACUUCUACUGGUUGGUCCAAAAGGAUCUGGUAAAAGUAGUCUUAUUAAUAGGAUCUCCAAGGUGUUUGAGGAGGACCAUUUUACUCUAGACAGAGCACAAGUAUCAUAUAAUUCAUCUGGUGAAGAUGGAACAUUUUUCCUUCAGGAAUAUAUGAUUCCCAGGCACUCAAAGUCUUUCUGUUUAUAUGACACCCGUGGUCUCUCUGAUGACUCGUCAGAUAACAUUGAAAUGUUGAAGCAGUGGAUGACCAAGGGCGUUCGUCAUGGGGAACUUGUCACCAGGAAAUCUGAUGCUUCAAGUUUAAUAAAUAGAAUGAGAUGUAAAAGUAAAACUGGCCGGAGCUUCUCUCUUUCUAGGGGGAUCAGAAUGAUUAAUUUUGUCAUAUUCGUUGUUGAUGGGGCUUCGGUUUGUAAAUCAAUGGAUGGUGAUGAUGACAUAGAGAAAGAUUAUGCCCAAGCGAUUACUACUGCAUUCAACUCUCCUUAUUUAUCAUAUGGAGAUGACAAACCUGUUGUCGUAAUAACUCAUGGAGAUCUACUUUCCUUUUGGGACCGUGUUCGUGUACGUAUCCAUUUAGGAAACUUGUUAGGUAUUCCACCAACAAAACAAAUAUUUGACAUCCCAGAAAGUUAUGAUCCAGUUACCGAGUUGUCGAUAAUUGAUAUGUUACAUUACUGUCUGGAGCAUUCUGAUAAAUACCUUCCUCUCAAGGGCUGGACGGUGCUCAAGGAUCAUGUGUCCUUCAUAUCAGCAAGAAUCUACUUUAUAACCGUCAUGGUGAUCGUUAUUAUCGCAGCCUAUCUCUACCUAGCGUAUGUUCAUCGUCUUCCCGAGCAAGUGGAGGCCGCUCGAGACGAUUCAAAAAGGUUGGAGAUAAUUUGGUCUGAGAUUCGUCACAUGUGGUUAGAUGAGUAAAGAGGGAACGGGGUCUCAGACUUUAGAAUCUUUGUUUGUGUACAGUUUCAGUCUCAAGAAAUAACCUUGGCAAUACCUAACGGUAAUAGUUGUGUAUAUUAUGGAAUAAUGCUGAAAUACACUAACAGCUUUAAGUGGACAUUCUGUAACUAUGUUUCAGAAGGUUAAUAUUGUGAUGAUUUUGUAUUUUUGUGGAUGCUAUUGGACAAUUCACCAUCUCCUCAUGCAUGAUGUAAAA